AUGUCAAAGUAUUCCCAUGGAAGCAUAAGCAGAAGCUCGACAAAGCAAAGAUACUACGCAGGAGAGUGUAAAUGUGGCCUUGAUGCGCCGCUAAUGACUUCAUGGACGGAUGCUAAUCCAGGGAGGCGUUUUUAUGGCUGUGGAAUGUAUAAGCUAUAUGGAAAGAAAGGGUGCAGUCACUUUGAAUGGUAUGAUGAGGAGAUGAGCUUAAGAGCAAAGGAUUUGAUUUGUUCAUUAGAACAAAGAUUAAAUGCAGAGAAGUGUAAAGUGAUUGAAUCCAAGGUGAAAGAAGAUGAAUUGAAGAUGAAGCUAAAGUCUAAUAGCAUCAUGUAUAAUGAAUUAGGAAGACAGCCAUGUUGUGAUGGAGUUAUGUCUAGUUGUGAGUUAUGUCUAGGUGUGAGUUUACAGUUCUGUAUUAUGUGA